AUGUCAAUGCAGGUUCCCACGUUGAGACAGGGAUGUCAACGGCCAAGCAGUUACGCUUGGGCCCAGCGAAAGGCGAUAGAUGUUUGCAUAAUGGCGAAAUAUGGGAGUUGUGUAUGGCGUGCACCCCCAACAGACAACAUGGCUUCAGAUCACCGAAAAUCGAACGCCAAAGCAGCUGUCCAGUCUGAAGAUGACAGCUCUCCUCCUCCUGAUGUACCCAAACUAUCCGACCGCUAUGCCGACGAGAGCUAUAAACUCUUCCAGAAACUCCAAGUAAACGAUCCAACUCCGGAAGAAGCUCGAAAGAUUCGCAACAAAUGCCUGUGGCGGAUAUUGCCCUUUCUUUGUAUCGGCUAUCAUUUGAUGUAUGUCGACAAACAGACGCUGGGAAGCUCAGCAAUACUUGGUAUAAUAAAAGAUGCCCACCUUAAUUCUAAUCAAUACAAUUGGCUAUCCUCGAUCUUUUAUUUUGGCUAUCUCGUGGCGGAGUGGCCGCAAAACUGGGCUCUGCAAAGGUUUCCAGUGGGCAAAUGGCUAGGUGGUAACCUAAUAGUCUGGGGCGGCAUUACCCUUUUACAUAUUCCGUGCAAUAGCUUCGCCUCCCUCUUCGUGGUCCGUUUCUUGCUGGGACUCUCAGAAGCAUGCAUCGUGCCAGCCUUCCUACUCACCAUGUCGAUGUUCUUCACUUAUCAAGAGCAAGCGGUCUUGAUGCCGGUAAUGUGGUCAAUCGGUAACGCAAGUCCUAUAACAUCGGGAUUGUUGUCCUACGGCGUAAUUUGGAUCAAAACUGAUGGCUUUUCUCCUUGGAAGUGGUUUAUGGUUAUCACCGGCGGCAUCACAGUUAUAUUUGGUGGCAUUGUUCUGCUUCUGUUCCCAGAUAGUCCUGUGCAUGCUCGGUUCCUGACAUAUGAAGAGCGCGCUCAAGCUAUACUCCGGAUUAAGGAAAAUCAUUCUGGAAUUGAGCAGAAAACCUUCAAAAAGUACCAGUUUAUCGAGGCAAUUCAAGACGCUAAAACAUGGCUCUUCUUCUUGCACGCCUGGUCGCAAGAGAUGGCCAAUGGACUUACCAAUCAAUACUCACUAAUCAUCAACUCAUUCGGAUUCACAGUCCUGCAGACGACCUUGCUAGGAACAGUCAGCGGAGCAGUUUCGUUUGUCUGUCUAAUAUCUGCUGCAAUUGUGCUUCAUAAGACUACAAAUUGUCGAUCGUGGAUUUCUCUAGCUUCAUAUAUACCCGGCGCUUUGUCUAGUAUACUUCUCUUGGGCCUUCCAUGGUCAAAUCGGUGGGGUCUCAUCACCGGCAUAUGGAUUCGAUCUACAACUGGCAUUGCUUAUGCUGUCGUCAUGAUAUGGGCAGCUAAUACUUCCGCCGGACAUACCAAAAAGACCACAGUUAUAGCCCUGUAUCAUAUCGGAUACGGAUUGGGCAAUAUCAUCUCUCCACAGCUCUUUCGGCCGCAGUGGAAGCCACGGUAUAGGCCGACGUGGAUUAUUCUACUUGUCGUCGCCGCAAUCUUACCCUCGAUCUGCAUCGUAGCUCUUCGCAUUAUCCUUGUGAAGGAAAACAAGCGCCGUGACAAGCUACAGGAAGAAAUUGAUGUGCGAGAUGAUGGCAUCGUCGAAGAAAUCCACGACAAUGGCACGAGUGUCACUCACGUCGUUGACAACAACCAGCUUGAUUUGACGGACAAGGAGAAUUUGAAAUUGUGA